UCACCGAUCAAAACGCCGGGUGUGAGCAAAUUUUCUUGUCAUGUUUGAAGGGUUUCAUGAGUAGAAGCCACGGUAUCCAGUGACCAGAUUCCAAUUUGGAGGCAUAUACAUAUAGCAACCAGGCUACAGCAUCACCAUAGAACGCGUGCACGGCGCCUGAAAGCUGUACGAUGUUGCCCAGAUAGCAGAUUUCGAGCGAGAGUCGAGGCGACCACUUCCGGGUGCGGUAGGAGAGGAGGGGAGGGGGAGCCAACAUGGUGUGCUGUACGACAGGGGAACACCGCCCGCUGAAAUCCAGAUUCAUGAACCGCCCAGCUGUGGGGAACAACCCGUACAUCCCCACCCCCCUGGAGCACAUUGCUAACUGUGUCACACACGGGCUACUCAUCAUCCCCAGUCUGUUCGCCAUCAUGCUGCUGCUGCGAUUGGCCGACAACACGCUGCAGUUUGUGAACGCUGUCGUGUACGGGCUGGCACUGAUCGCACUCUUCACCCUGUCAACCUCCUUCCACCUGCUAGCCUGGACAGGUAAACUCAGGUCCCUCCUCCAUUUUUUCCACGUCUGCGACCGUGCUGUCAUCUACUUCUUCAUCGCCGCGUCCUACAUGCCGUGGCUCACGCUGCGGGACAGCGGAGCUCUCGGCCAAUGGGUGCACUGCGUCACCUGGAUCCUCGCCCUGCUGGGGACCGCCUUCUCCUGCAUGUUUCUGGACAGAUGUAAGAGACUGGAGACAUCCCUGUACUUGAUUAUGGGGAUAUGUCCUUCCUUGUCUGUGAUAUCUAUGCCGUGCACUGACGGCCUGAAGGAGCUUUCCAUCGGGGGCGCUGUUUACAUCGCUGGGGUGUUCUUCUUCAAGAGCGACGGGCGGAUACCAUUUGCACACGCCACAUGGCACCUGUUCGUCGUGGUUGGAGCCGCAUUCCACUACUACGCCGUCGUCACCUACCUGAUGGGCACGCAGGAGGACCUUAUGGCAUGAUGGGAUAGCUGCAGGGCAUUCUGGGAUAUCUACAGGCUGAAUCUGCACCUUUUGAGUGUUGUGUAGUUAAACUGUUUGUUGUUUUUGUCUUGACAGAAAAUCAAGUGAUAGAAUUGAUAUAACUUGACAGAUUGUGUGAUUUUAAAGUAGAUUUAUGUGUAAGUGCAGUCAAUCAAGUGCAGUAACUGUGAGGAUAUACAACCUACAGGUUCGUGUUAUUGAAUGUCAAGUGCAACAUACACAAGAAAACAGAUACCCAAAUAGAUUUCAACAACUGUCAGAUGUUUCAAGUAGCACCUACUACUUCUCAUCAGUACUGGUCAGCAAAAGUUAUGAUAAAUCAAAAUAUACAUUUGUAUGCAGUUGCUUGACAGCUUGAGUAUCUGUUUUCUUGUAUGUCUUAUUACCUGGAAUCCAGGAUGUCUAACCUUCAUUGAUGUAUCAAGUGCAACAUAAUGUGGUGAUGAUGUCAGAACCUGUGGAUUCUGUGCCAAAGUGAGUUGAAAGUCUGUCAAUUCAUCACCAAUUCAUAUUGUUCGAGAGAAACAAGAAAAAAUUCUAGAAGUGAUUCUGUUGGAGGCUUUUUAUAGUGACAUGUAACUGCUGCUUCCAAUUAGCUGCUUCACGGUAAUGUAACCAUGAAAAUAGCUUAUUUUAUAUCACCUGAUUUCAAGGUGAGUAUUAUUAUGAAGACUGUCUGUGUCUGCUGCUGUUAUUUUUGCCUGUGUGCUGCUGAUAUUUUUUUAAAGAAACAGCUGCAGAUAUUGUGGGAGUCAGGGUACAAAAACACUACCUCUUGUCAAUGGUCAAAUUUGUCGAAUUAAAAGUUGUGUUCUUUUUGCAAAGAUUGACAAAAGGACAAAUAAGUCAAGGUGUUCUGGUAAUAUUAUACCAUAAACGUUUGACUUACAGAAUGAAAGAUGUAAGAUAUAUGUUAUAUACACAAUACCAUUCUGUUGUCAACCUUUUAAUAAAUACACGUAGUACAUUCCAGAUAUUUUAUAAUGAGGAUUUAAUUUUUGGUAAGAGUGGAAGGGUACAUGUGAUAUUCUGUGAUAGCUUCAAUCCAUCAGUUUCUUGCCCAGCCUGUACAUGUACUAGCUGUUUGUGUGUGUGUGUGUGUGUGUGUGUGUGUGUGUGUGUGUGUG